CCCUGAACAAGUACUCACCUACUUCUGCAACCUACCUUGAUUCCAUAAGAGACUGCAGGAAUCUCCCCGACGAUUGACUGGUUAGGAGAUUUGCUGAAUUAGCACCGUUGCUUAUCAUCUGACCCACGACCACCCCGAGGCAGACCCCUGAACCCAGCAGCACAACCCAUCUCCACAUCUCCGCCCCCCUGAUCGCCAGACCUCCCAGCCCGACUUCAAGUUGCCCUUCAUCAUUAUUGUGCUUGGGGAAACAAAUCAGCACAACAACGGAAAGAUGCCGCCCUCCUUCGGCCGCGGAGAUAGCAGCAGUCUCGCGACAGACAAUGGCCACUAUCAGCAUGACGAGGAGCGCACCGCGCUGCUGCAGACCGGCCAGCGCCGCUUCAAGCGCUUCUUCUCCGGGUUCGUCGACUUUGCGUUCUCGGGAAACGUGCUGGACGUUGCUUUUGGUUUGAUCCUGGCAUCGGCAUUUACAACAGUCACGACCUCGCUGGUCAACGACAUCCUCUUACCGCCCAUCUCGGUAAUCUUCCCGCUGGACCGUAACAUGCAGGAGAAGUUUGCUGUCCUCAAGCCUGGGCCGCGAUACGAGGAGAUGGGCGGGUAUACGACAAUUGAGCAGGCCGUAACGGACGGGGCGGUGAUCUUGGCCUAUGGCAAAUUUCUAGCCCACGUCAUCAACUUCCUCAGCAUGGGCUUCGCGCUCUACGGCAUUGCCGCCAUUUACCAGAAAGCCUCAAAGGAGCCCAUGAUCCGGCGUCAGAUGAAGUGCCGGUACUGCCGCAAGUGGAUCAAUGAGAAGGCAUUGCGGUGUGUUAAUUGCAGCAGCUGGCAGGACGGCCGGGAGGAUCUGGUCCACUGAAUUUCAUUGUCGAAACGUCAUUUGAAAGUCUCUUAUACCCCGAAGCACUGGUUGUUCUUUGAGAAUAAAUGAGGAGCGGCGAAGUUGUUCACAGUCAGGGUUUGCUACACAUUGAGCUAUCCUCGACUAGUUCCUCUUCACCACGGCCAAGUUGAAGCAAGAUUAUGAGUGUGAGAACCUGAUUAUGACGUGAGGCUGUAGUGAUACAAAACAACACGCCUACCACGAGGUGGUGAGCUUUGACAGUGGCGCACCAUGUCGGUGAAUACGCAAACAUUCCACUACUCCAUCGGCUCCGUUCGAUGGUAAAAGAUUGUCCGAUGCCUCGCUCCGAAGUUUAGUGCCUUUGAAAUGACAAUCAAG